AUGGUGAUUGUAACACGUGGUGACUACAUCUGGAUAGAGCCCGCGUCGGGGCGAGAAUUCGAUGUGGCCAUUGGAGCACGUGUCAUCUCCGCAGAGGGUCGUCGCAUACAGGUGCGUGACGAUGAUGGCGACGAGGUUUGGUUGGCCCCCGAGCGUCGCAUCAAGGCCAUGCAUGCGUCGUCGGUUCAGGGUGUGGAGGAUAUGAUAUCGCUAGGCGAUCUUCACGAGGCCGGAAUAUUGCGCAAUCUGCUAAUACGCUACAAGGAAAAUCUGAUAUAUACCUAUACCGGUUCCAUUUUGGUGGCCGUAAAUCCUUAUCAGAUACUGCCCAUCUAUACGGCUGAUCAAAUAAAGCUUUAUAAGGAGCGCAAAAUCGGGGAACUGCCACCGCAUAUAUUCGCCAUUGGCGAUAAUGCCUAUGCGCAUAUGAAGCGAUAUCGUCAGGAUCAAUGCAUUGUUAUAUCCGGCGAAUCGGGCGCUGGCAAAACAGAGAGCACAAAGCUAAUACUGCAAUAUUUGGCCGCCAUUAGUGGCAAGCACUCGUGGAUCGAGCAGCAAAUAUUGGAAGCAAAUCCGAUACUCGAAGCUUUUGGCAAUGCGAAAACCAUACGCAACGAUAAUUCCUCGCGCUUUGGCAAAUACAUAGACAUACACUUUAGCGCGAACGGCGUAAUCGAGGGCGCCAAGAUCGAGCAAUAUUUAUUGGAGAAAUCUCGCAUUGUCUCUCAAAAUCACAGCGAGCGUAAUUAUCACGUUUUCUACUGCAUACUCGCGGGUCUUUCCGCAGAUGAAAAGAGUCGUCUCGACUUGGGUGUGGCUGCCGAUUACAAAUAUUUGACGGGUGGCGAAAGCAUAACCUGCGAAGGACGCGACGAUGCUGCCGAAUUCUCGGACAUACGUUCCGCCAUGAAAGUGCUGCUCUUUUCGGAUCAGGAGAUCUGGGAGAUUAUCAAGCUAUUGGCGGCCUUGUUGCACUGCGGCAACAUUAAAUACAAGGCUACGGUCGUGGAUAAUUUGGAUGCCACGGAAAUACCUGAGCACAUUAAUGUGGAACGUGUUGCCGGAUUGCUUGGAUUGCCCAUUCAGCCAUUGAUUGAUGCCCUAACGCGUCGCACACUCUUCGCGCACGGGGAGACUGUGGUUUCCACAUUAUCGCGGGAACAGUCUGUUGAUGUACGCGAUGCUUUUGUGAAGGGCAUCUAUGGCCGUCUCUUUGUGCAUAUUGUUCGCAAGAUAAAUACGGCUAUUUAUAAGCCGCGUGCCACCUCACGCAAUGCCAUCGGCGUCCUAGAUAUUUUCGGUUUUGAGAACUUUGAUCAGAACAGUUUUGAGCAGUUCUGCAUUAAUUAUGCGAACGAGAAUUUGCAGCAGUUCUUUGUACAGCACAUCUUCAAGCUGGAGCAGGAGGAGUACAAUCAUGAGGCCAUCAAUUGGCAACACAUUGAGUUCGUGGAUAAUCAGGAUGCAUUGGAUCUGAUUGCCAUCAAGCAGUUGAAUAUUAUGGCGCUGAUCGAUGAGGAGGCGCGUUUUCCCAAAGGCACCGACCAAACCAUGUUGGCCAAACUGCACAAAACGCACGGCGCCCACAAGAACUAUCUGAAGCCGAAAUCGGACAUAAAUACCAGUUUCGGGUUAAACCAUUUCGCUGGCGUGGUUUUCUAUGACACGCGUGGGUUCUUGGACAAAAAUCGAGACACCUUCAGUCCGGAUCUGUUGCAUUUGGUCAGUCAGAGUGGCAAUAAGUUUUUGCGUCAGAUAUUCAGUCAGGAUAUUGAAAUGGGGGCUGAGACGCGCAAAAGAACGCCAACACUUUCCACACAAUUCCGCAAGAGUCUGGAUGCACUGAUGAAGACCUUGUGCUCUUGCCAGCCAUUCUUUAUCAGGUGCAUUAAGCCGAAUGAAUUGAAGAAACCCAUGAUGUUUGACAGAGGUCUGUGUUGUAGACAACUGCGCUAUUCGGGAAUGAUGGAAACCAUACGCAUCAGACGUGCUGGUUAUCCCAUAAGGCAUGGCUUCAGAGAAUUUGUGGAGCGCUAUCGUUUCCUGAUACCCGGAGUGCCGCCAGCACAUCGGACAGACUGCCAGGCGGCCACCUCACGCAUUUGUGCCGUCGUUUUGGGCAAAUCCGACUAUCAAUUGGGCCAUACGAAGGUCUUCUUGAAGGACGCACAUGAUCUAUUUCUCGAACAGGAACGAGAUCGUGUCCUAACGCGCAAAAUAUUAAUACUCCAGAGAACUAUUAGAGGCUGGGUGUAUCGCCGACGCUUCUUACGCAUGAAGGCCGCGGCCGUGAAUGUGCAACGCGUGUGGAAGGGCUAUGCUCAACGCAAGCGGUAUCAGCAAAUGCGUGUGGGUUAUAUGCGUCUGCAGGCCCUAAUACGCUCACGCGUGCUCUCCCAUCGGUUUCGCCAUCUGCGUGGUCAUAUUGUGGGGCUGCAGGCACACGCGCGCGGCUAUUUGGUGCGUCGUGAAUACGGUCACAAAAUGUGGGCCGUAAUUAAGAUUCAAUCGCACGUGCGCCGCAUGAUUGCCGUGCGACGUUAUCGUAAGCUGCGGCUGGAAUACAAGCAGUUUGCCGAAGUGUUGCAUUUGCGGAAGGUGGAGGAACAGGAACUGAUGCACAAGGGCAACAAACAUGCCCGUGAAAUCGCCGAACAGCAUUAUCGUGAUCGUCUUCACGAGAUGGAGCGGCGAGAGAUGGAGCAAGAAAUUGAGGAGCGGCGACGUGUGGAAGUGAAGAAGAACAUUAUCAAUGAUGCCGCACGCAAGCAGGAGGAGCCCGUGGAUGAUGGAAAAUUGGUGGAGGCCAUGUUCGACUUCCUGCCCGAUUCUAGCAGCGAUGCGCCUACGCCUCACGGGGGGCGCGAAACGUCUGUGUUCAAUGAUUUGCCCCAUGGACAGACAGUGAAUCAAGAGGACUGCAUUGGACCCAUACACAUAUCCGAGGAUGAGGAAGAUCUGUCCGAAUUCAAGUUCCAGAAAUUCGCAGCCACCUAUUUCCAAGGCAAUGUGAAUCAUCAAUAUGCGAAGAAGGCAUUGAAGCAUCCGCUAUUACCGCUACACACGCAGGGCGAUCAGUUAGCUGCUCAAGCCCUAUGGAUUACAAUAUUACGUUUUACUGGCGAUAUGCCAGAACCCAAAUACCACACCAUGGAUCGCAUGGAUACCACCUCGGUCAUGUCCAAGGUGACGGCAACGCUGGGCCGCAAUUUUAUUAGAAGCAAGGAGUUUCAGGAAGCCCAGCUCAUGGGCCUGGAUCCUGAGGCCUUUCUUAAGCAAAAGCCCCGCUCCAUUCGCCACAAGCUCGUCUCGCUGACACUGAAGCGCAAGAAUAAGCUGGGCGAGGAUGUGCGUCGCCGUCUGCAGGACGAUGAAUAUACGGCCGAUAGCUAUCAAUCGUGGCUGCAGUCGCGUCCUACUUCGAAUCUGGAGAAGCUGCACUUCAUUAUUGGUCAUGGCAUUUUGCGUGCCGAGCUGCGCGAUGAGAUUUACUGUCAAAUAUGCAAGCAGCUAACCAAUAAUCCACUAAAAUCCUCGCAUGCACGUGGUUGGAUUCUACUUUCCCUAUGCGUUGGAUGCUUCGCACCAUCUGAGAAGUUUGUCAACUACUUGCGCGCCUUCAUACGGGAAGGUCCGCCCGGAUAUGCGCCCUACUGUGAGGAGCGUCUGAAACGCACGUUUAACAAUGGCACACGCAACCAGCCACCCUCGUGGCUGGAGCUGCAAGCGACGAAGUCUAAGAAGCCUAUAAUGCUGCCCAUUACCUUUAUGGAUGGCAAUACGAAGACAUUGUUGGCGGACUCAGCAACGACGGCACGAGAACUGUGCAAUCAACUAUCGGAUAAGAUCACGCUAAAGGAUCAAUUCGGCUUUUCGCUUUACAUAGCCCUCUUCGACAAGGUGAGCUCUCUGGGCAGUGGUGGGGACCAUGUGAUGGAUGCCAUCUCACAAUGCGAGCAGUAUGCCAAGGAGCAGGGGGCACAGGAACGUAACGCACCUUGGCGUCUAUUCUUUCGCAAGGAGAUCUUUGCACCCUGGCACGAACCGACCCACGACCAGGUGGCCACCAAUCUCAUUUACCAGCAGGUUGUGCGCGGCGUGAAGUUCGGCGAAUAUCGUUGUGAUAAGGAAGAGGAUUUGGCCAUGAUUGCCGCGCAGCAAUAUUUCAUUGAAUAUGGCACAGACAUGUCCAUGGAGCGUCUCUUUACACUGUUGCCCAAUUUCAUACCCGAUUUCUGUUUGACCGGCGUCGACAAGGCCAUCGAACGUUGGGCAGCUCUGGUGUUGCAGGCCUAUAAAAAGAGCUACUAUGUCAAGGAUAAAGUGGCACCGCUCAAGAUUAAAGAGGACAUCGUCAGCUAUGCCAAAUACAAGUGGCCAUUACUCUUCUCACGUUUCUACGAGGCCUAUCGGAAUUCGGGUCCAAAUCUGCCCAAAAACGAUGUGAUCAUAGCGGUUAACUGGACAGGCGUCUAUGUGGUGGAUGAUCAGGAGCAGGUGCUGCUCGAACUGAGCUUUCCCGAGAUCACAUCGGUGUCCAGUCAAAAGACAAAUAAGGUCUUCACGCAAACCUUUAGCUUGUCCACUGUACGUGGCGAGGAGUUCACAUUCCAGAGCCCCAAUGCCGAGGACAUACGUGAUCUGGUCGUCUACUUUCUGGAUGGUCUGAAAAAAAGGUCGAAAUAUGUCAUUGCGUUGCAGGACUAUCGCGCCCCAUCGGACGGCACGAGCUUCUUGUCCUUCUUCAAGGGUGACUUGAUCAUUCUGGAGGAUGAAUCGUGCGGCGAGUCUGUGCUGAACAAUGGCUGGUGCAUAGGUCGUUGCGAUCGCUCCCAGGAGCGCGGUGAUUUCCCAGCCGAGACGGUCUAUGUGCUGCCGACGCUAAGUAAACCGCCGCAGGACAUUCUGGCGCUCUUCAACGUUGAGGAGGCGCAUCACGGCCGACGCCUCAGCAUGGCAUCAAAUGGCGUGGCCGAACCACGGGAUCGCCCACACACGCUCAUGGAAUAUGCGCUGGAUCAUUUCCGUUUGCCUCCCAAGCGUACAAUGUCCAAGACGCUCACCCUGAGCUCCAAGCGGAGUGAGGAGAUUUGGCGUUACUCGCGGGACCCCAUAAAGGCGCCUCUGCUGCGCAAGCUGCAGAGCAAAGAGGAGCUGGCCGAGGAGGCCUGUUUUGCCUUUGCUGCCAUACUUAAAUACAUGGGCGAUUUGCCCUCGAAGCGACCCCGCAUGGGCAAUGAGAUCACCGACCACAUCUUCGAUGGUCCGCUCAAGCAUGAAAUCUUGCGCGAUGAGAUCUACUGUCAAGUGAUGAAACAGUUGACGGACAAUCGCAAUCGCAUGUCCGAGGAGCGUGGUUGGGAGCUGAUGUGGCUAGCCACCGGGCUGUUUGCCUGCUCGCAAAGUUUGCUCAAAGAGCUGAUGAUGUUCUUGCGGACGCGUCGUCAUCCCAUUUCCCAAGACUCGAUGCAUCGCCUACAAAAGACCAUACGCCAUGGACAGCGCAAGUAUCCGCCGCAUCAGGUCGAAGUGGAGGCCAUACAGCACAAGACAACGCAAAUCUUUCACAAGGUCUACUUUCCCGAUGACACCGACGAGGCCUUCGAGGUAGAUUCCUCGACGCGCGCCAAGGAUUUCUGCAAUAACAUAUCGCAGCGUUUGUCGCUACGCACCAGCGAGGGCUUCUCGCUUUUUGUCAAAAUCGCUGACAAGGUCAUUUCCGUGCCAGAGGGUGAUUUCUUCUUCGACUUUGUGCGCCAUCUCACGGAUUGGAUCAAGAAGGCCCGACCCAUACGCGAUGGCGCCAAUCCCCAAUUCACCUACCAGGUGUUCUUCAUGAAGAAACUGUGGACCAACACUGUGCCAGGCAAGGAUCGCAAUGCUGAUCUAAUCUUCCAUUAUCACCAGGAGCUACCCAAGCUAUUGCGUGGCUAUCACAAGUGUUCGCGCGAGGAGGCAGCCAAAUUAGCUGCACUAGUCUUCCGCGUACGCUUCGGCGAAAACAAACAGGAGCUGCAAGCCAUACCACAAAUGCUGCGUGAACUGAUACCAUCCGAUAUUAUGAAAAUGCAAAGCACCAAUGAAUGGAAGCGUGCAAUUGUGGCCUCGUAUAAUCAAGAUGGUGGCAUGAGCUCUGAGGAUGCCAAAGUGGCUUUUCUCAAGAUUGUCUACAGAUGGCCAACCUUUGGAUCUGCCUUCUUCGAGGUUAAGCAAACCACCGAGCCAAACUAUCCCGAAAUGCUGCUUAUUGCUAUUAACAAGCAUGGCGUUAGUCUCAUUCAUCCAGUAACCAAGGACAUUUUGGUCACGCAUCCCUUUACGCGCAUCUCGAACUGGUCUUCGGGUAAUACCUAUUUCCAUAUGACGAUUGGAAAUUUGGUGCGCGGCUCGAAACUUUUGUGCGAGACAUCGCUGGGUUAUAAAAUGGACGAUCUGCUCACUUCGUAUAUAUCGCUGAUGCUGACCAAUAUGAACAAAAAUCGUACGAUACGAGCCAACUAAAUAAUACACAUAUAACUAAAUAUUUAUAGUUAUUAUAUAAAUUAUAAAAUGCAAUAAAUUAUAUAUCUAGUACUUAAUGAUGUAAGUAAUCCAUAAUUCCCAUCACCGCUAUCACACAAUCAAUAUUCCCCUUGCCUGGCGAUAUAUACCAAACCGUUUUUUCUUUUUUGCUGUACACCUCUAUAUAUUGUAUAAAUUCUCAACUUUCUUAGUCAUUUAUGGCACAUUCCGUUUACUUAAAUUAUUAUUAUAGAUAUACAUAAAACAAAUGUCUUACAUAUCUACCUUUAUAUUUAUAUACAAGUAUACAUACUUAUAUAUAAACGU